CUUGAGGGCUUCAUCAUCAGACUACAAUAUUGAAGUAAAGCUUGCGCGUGUGACUUUAUAAAGUUCAGUGAAGACAAGCUUAUUUUCAGCAAAGUUUAUUCAGGCAAUGACUGAUACAAAAACAAAUCCAGUAAUCAUGACACCAACAGCCAAUUCAAACGUUCAAGUCAAUCAGAAGAAGACGAAUCAAGCUAAAACAAAAUCACCGAGAUCAAAACCAACACAUCCUAGAACUGCAGACAUGGUGAAUGCUGCCAUUAAAGUAUUGCAAGAUCGCAAUGGAUCAUCGCUACAGGCAAUUAAAAAAUAUAUUACCACAACUUACAAAAUAGAUGCGGAAAAACAAGCUCCGUUUAUCAAAAAGUAUCUCAAAGCUGCUGUUGAAAGCGGUAAUCUUGUUCAGACCAAAGGCAAAGGUGCUGCUGGAUCAUUCAAGCUUUCGGUACGUAAAUCCGAAGUGAGCAAAGUCAAGAAAAAACCUACUUCUAAGUCUGCACCGUUGAAGAAAGCUGUUGGAGUUAAGAAGCUUGUUGCUAAGAAACCAGUUAAAAAGGCUGAAGUGAAAAAACCCUUAGCAAGCAAAGCCACUGCUGAUAAAGAGAAGAAAAAAGCUACUAAAGGGCCUGCUGCGAAACCACCAAAGGCAAAAACGACAGCUAAAGCCAAGAUUGUUACGAAAACACCACCGAAAAAAGCUGCAGCGGUGAAGAAACCUGUUAUCAAAGCAAAAGCGAAAAAACCAGUGAAAAAAUCUAUUACUGCUACGAAGAAGAAGUGAUUUUGAUGAUGAACAUCAACUGAAAUUCCAAACACUAAUAACGACAAUUACCUUAGUCUUUACUUUGCGCCUUGAAAAAAAAAAAAAAACUCCGUUGAAGACGGGGUAAUGAUUGUUUCACAUACAUAUGGUAGAUCUCAGAGAUUGAGUCUCUUUUUAUUCAAUUUUAAAUAUCAAAUGA